CCUCCCCUAUAAAAUCCCCCCUGCCCUCAUUCCCUAAUAAUAAUAAUAAUAAUAAUAAUAAUAAUACCUUCUCCUCCCCAAAAGCGCCUAAUUAUUACAAAACAAUACCAAGUCCCCUUUAAACUUAUCUAUCUUAGCCAGCAAUGGCAUCAUCAUCAGCAGUGUGGUUUGCCGCCGCCGCGGUGUGCGUCUUGGCGGUGGCUUUCGCUCCCCGUGCCGAAGCCAUCACUUGCGGCCAGGUUGCGAGCUCCCUGGGCCCUUGCUUGAAUUACUUAAAGGGAGCCGCGGGCAUGCCGCCGCCGGCUUGCUGCGCCGGCGUCAAAAGCCUAAACAGCAUGGCUCAAACCACCCCCGACCGUAAAACCGCUUGCACUUGCCUUAAAAGCGUCGCUGGGAGCGUAAAUGGGCUCAAUCCCCAAACCGCCGCUGGCCUUCCCGGUAAAUGCGGCGUUAACAUUCCUUACGCAAUCAGCAUGUCCACCAACUGCGCCAACGUGAAGUGAAGCUGACGGUUAGGUUGAUGGACCAGCGUCGUUGCCAGCUGAGAUUUACCAUUUCCGUGUACUAGUAAUAAAAAUAAAAUAUGGUGUGACCCGAUGGUGGAAUAAUAAUGAGUAAUAAUAAAUUGUGAGGUUUCCUCUGUGAUGAUGAUCCCUUUUUGGGGUCUGAUUAGGAUCAGUAUGUGAUGUUCUUGGAAACCUCUUUCUUUGUUUUUCCUUUUGUUAUUUUGGUCAUGCUCAACUGGUUCGAUCCGCAUGUAUGCAUGUUGCCAAUUGGUGUUCAAUGUAAUGUUUGCAUUUCACCUUGUUCUCUAAGAUAUAUAUCGUUCACUAAUUGCUUUCUUUAUCUAUUUUCAUCAGUCGAUAAAAAGUAGUUAUGUUC